AUGGCCAGAUGGACUAUCAAGCGCAGCCGCAAACGCAAAACCGCCGGGAGAAUCUGGCUUGGUCUUCCGAACGACCUAACUUUGAUGAUCUUCUCGAGGCUUUCCACGGUUGACAUCUUGGCUAGCGUCCAGCGGGUGUGCCGUCAAUGGUGGAGCAUCUGCAUGGAUCCGCUCAUGUGGCGCACCAUCAACAUGUGCGAUCUUGGGAUUCGCAAUUCGGUGGACUAUAAAUUGGAGAAGAUGUGCCGCCAUGCAAUUGAUCGUAGCUGUGGCCAGUUGGAAGACAUAAGUAUCGAGUAUUUUGGUACCGAUGAUCUCCUCAGAUACAUAAUUGACUCGGGAUGUUAUAAAUUGAGACGCCUGCGACUUGUUCAAUGCUUCUAUGAAAUUUCAGACGAAGGAUUAUGUGAGAUGACUGAAAAACUUUCAUUGUUGGAGGAACUUGAUAUUAUCCUUUGUCCCUAUGUAUCUAGUAUUGCUUUAGAAGUAAUAGGCCGAAGUUGUCCUCUUCUGAAAUCAUUCAAGUUUAAUAAUGAUGGCGGUAACAAAGAAGCAUUUGCUAUUGCACAAAAUAUGUCCAACUUACGCCAUCUCCAACUUGUUGAUAACUAUUUCGACAAUAGUGGCUUGAGUGCCAUUCUUGAUGGUUGUCCUCAUCUUGAAUCUUUGGAUUUACGUAUGUGUCUAAAAGUCGAGUUGGGAGGGAUUAAAAGAUUUUAG